AUGCCGCGGUCUUUCCUGGUGGACUCGCUGGUGCUGCGCGAAGCCGGCGGCAGCGACAAGAAAGGGGGCGUCUCUCCCGGCAGCCCGCCGCCCCCGCCGCUCUUCCCCUACGCCGUGCACCCCUCGCACCCGCUCCACGGCCUUUCCGGAGGCGCCUGCCCCGCGGCUCCCGUGGCCGCCUCGGCUGCGCGCAAAGCCGGCCUCCUCUGCGUGUGCCCCCUCUGCGUGGCCGCCGCUUCUCAGCUGCACCCGCCGCCGCCGCCGCCGCCCGCCCUGCCCCUCCUCAAGGCUUCCUUCCCGCCCUUCGGCUCCCAGUACUGCCCUUCGCCCCUGGCUGCCAGGCAGUCUCCCGGAGGGUCGUCCGCCUCCAGCGGGGGCCACGUACCCGCCCUCUACCAGAGCGCCUACCCGCUGCCCGACCCCCGACACUUCCACUGCAUCUCCGUGGACAGCACGUCGGGCCAGCUGCCGAGCAGCAAGCGGAUGCGCACCGCCUUUACCAGCACGCAGCUGCUGGAGCUGGAGCGGGAGUUCGCCUCCAACAUGUACCUGUCGCGCCUGAGACGCAUCGAGAUCGCCACCUACCUCAACCUCUCCGAGAAACAGGUGAAGAUCUGGUUCCAGAACCGGCGCGUCAAGCACAAGAAGGAAGGCAAGGGCGGCUCCCAUCGCGCCGGGGGACCGGCCGCCCCCGGCUGUAAGUGCGCCUCCCUCUCAGCUGUGGCCAAGGGCUCCGAAGACGAGGAGGACUCGCCCAUGUCCCCGACUUCCUCGGGCAAGGACGAGAGAGAACUCGCCGUCACCCCCUAA